GUUCCGUCGAAAUUAUACCAUGUUUAUUGAUCCACAGUGACACUACAAAGUUUCAUUACAUUUGAGCACAAAUAUACCAGACACACAUCAAUUAGUUGCGAGUUGGAAUUUACCACUAAAGCGACCAGAAGACGUGAAGUCGCUAACGUUACUAACUGUUAGCUUAGCUAGCUAGCUGAGACUCGGCUCCACCCCCAGACUGCUCAGCUGUUCUUGUCAGAUAACCGUUAAACGUUACGUAGUCAUGUUUUUCCAGAGGCACGCACAAUUGUACAUUUUUCAAACAAGUAGCUAGCUGAAUAAGUCUGAGUAAGCUUUCAACUGAUAUGAGGAAAUAAUGUAUAAAUUAGGAGGGGGCUGUAUACAUUGGUAUUAGUUUUGGUGCUCCAGGUAUCGACACACCCACUUACGGCACCGCCUGCAUGCCUAGCUAGCUAACUGGGGUUAGCUCAUAUAACGCUGCCAUGGCCUCAGUUGGGGCCCCAGUGCCAGGGGCCCCCCAUUUGGCCACCAAGGUGGAGCUGACCAUCUCCUGUGAGAACCUCAUGGACAUGGACGUCUUUUCUAAGUCCGACCCUCUGUGUGCCUUGUACAUCAACACUUCAGGCUCCCGCUGGCAUGAGUUUGGACGCACAGAGAUGAUCCCGAACUGCCUGAAUCCAAAGUUUGCCAAGAAGUUUGUGAUUGACUACUAUUUCGAGGUGGUGCAGAGGCUGAAGUUUUGCGUGUAUGAUAUUGACAAUACCACCUAUGACCUGAGUGAUGAUGAUUUUCUGGGGGAGCUUGAAUGCACCCUGGGCCAGAUUGUUUCUAGCAGACAGAUAACUCGAUCUUUAUUGCUGGAGGACAAGAGGCCUGCAGGUCAUGGGACCAUCACAAUCUGUGCUGAAGAAAUAACAGAUAACAGAGUGGUCAACUUCGAGGUCUCGGCCCGCAGGCUGGACAAAAAGUUUUUGUGGUGGUCCGACCCUUUCCUGGAAUUCUACAAGCAUACAGAAACUGGAUGGCGGCUGGCUCACAGAACAGAGGUGGUAAACGACAACCUAAACCCAAUAUGGAGACCCUUUCACAUCUCAUUGCAGACUCUUUGUGGAGGAGACGUGGAGAGACCUAUAAAGAUUGAUUGUUUUGAUCACCAUGUCAACGGCUCCCAUGACCUUAUCGGGAGCUUUAAAGCUACACUGGUGGAGAUGCAAAUGGGAACACACAUUUCCCCGGCUGAAUUUGCGUGCAUUUCCCCCAAAAAGUUGAAGAAGAGCAACUAUAAAAACUCUGGGGUCAUUUGCAUCAAUCACUGUCAGGUGGUGAAGGAGUAUACCUUCCUGGAUUAUAUAAUGGGGGGGUGUCAAAUCAACUUCACUAUCGCCAUCGACUUCACAGGCUCUAACGGGAAUCCCAGCUCCCCCCAGUCCCUCCAUUACAUCAACCCUGAAGGCUAUAAUGAAUACCUGGCAGCCAUCUGGGCAGUGGGUAAUAUCAUCCAGGACUAUGACCGUAACAAGAUGUUUCCUGUCUUUGGUUUUGGAGCCCAGGUCCCUCCCUCUUGGCAGGUUUCCCAUGAAUUUCCUAUCAAUUUCAAUCCAGCAAAUCCAUUCUGCGCCGGCAUAGAGGGUGUGGUGCAGGCCUACCGGCAGUGUCUACCCCAGUUGAAGCUCUGGGGCCCCACCAACUUCUCUCCGAUUAUCAACCAUGUAGCCUACUUCGCCAGACAAGCUCUCCGGCAGAAUAUGGCCUCACAGUACUUUGUGCUGCUCCUCAUCACAGACGGAGUGAUCACAGACGUGGACCAGACACGCACUGCUAUUGUGGAGGCCUCGCGUCUGCCCAUGUCCAUCAUCAUAGUGGGUGUGGGCGGGGCAGACUUCAGCGAAAUGGAGGCCCUUGACAGUGAUGACAAAUUGCUGCGUACGCCCAGGGGUGAUGUCGCAUCAAGAGACAUCGUCCAGUUUGUGCCCUUCAGAGAUUUCCAAGGAAACAGCGUGGCCCUUGCCCAGAGUGUCCUGGCGGAGCUGCCUGAUCAAGUGGCCUCCUUCUUCAAAUCUUACAACCUGAAACCUCCUAAUUAAACAUAUUCAGUGUUUCUGACUCAUCCUAGAAAGGCAGUGAGCUGGGAAAGGACAAGUUGUGUCAGCGAGAAGUCUGAGGAAGAGCCUGGUGCUCGAAAUGUUUCACAGCAUUAAAAAUCCUUCUAACAGGA